AUGGCAGAUAAGGAAGUCUCCAAGUUGGCGUUGAAUGAGGUUUCGGAGCCUUUACCGGGCGACGGCCAGAGCUCUACCGUGGAUGAAUAUCCUGAUGCUGAUGGGGAUAAUGGUAAAAAGCCUCCUCCUCUAUGGGCGAAAUUGGUCGCCGUGGCUUUGAUCGCAUGCAUCAGUUUUGGGUCGCACUGGAGCUCCGGCGUGACUAGCGCCAUGAAAAGUACCAUUAAGAAGGAAAUGAAUAUCAACAAUGUGCAGUUUUCACUCCUGGAAGCUAGUGAAGAUUUCAUGGCGACGGUUCUGCUCCUACCCAGUGGUUUGAUCACCGAUCGCAUAGGUGGUGCUGAAAUGAUCGUUUAUGGAAAUAUUAUCUAUACCAUCGGAUCCAUCCUUGUUGCAGCGGCUUCAACCGUGCGAUCAUUCAAUUUCAUGAUUGGGGGCAGAAUUAUCUUGGCUUUUGGCGAUAUCGCAACCCAGGUCGCACAAUAUAAAAUGUUUUCGUCGUGGUUUGCCCCGAGCAAUGGUUUCGCCUCAACUUUGGCGUUUGAAUUGGCCAUUGGCAAGGUUGGUGGAUUUAUUGGCAAAUCUACAGCCAACAUUAUUGCAAAGAAUACUGGGAAUUUUGCCUGGUCAUUUUGGACAGCUGUGUUCAUGAACCUCUUUACCAAUGUCGCCACGGGAGUCUUUUGGUUCUUCAAUAAAUACAGUCAACGACACUUCCGCGGACGCCGUGAUAAUGCAACCAACGAACAAUUGACGGAAAAGAACAAGAAAUUCGAAUUCCAUAAGGUUUUCCAGCUACCUUGGAUGUUCUGGGCUGUUCUGGGUUUCUCCAUUUUCCAAACGAGCACUGCUAGUAUCUUCAGCCAGAAUGCUACGGAGCUGGCUGAGCAACGAUUCAAUGUCAGCGCCAUAGAAGCUGGGUGGUAUAGUUCAUUGUCUCAAUACGCAGGCUGUCUUUUGGUUCCCUGCUUGGGAAUUUUCAUCGAUGUUUUUGGCCAAAGAGCAACAGCCAUGUUCAUUUGCGGUCUGGGAAUGAUGCUAAGCAUGGUUCUGCUGAACUAUACUCCCUCGACGGCCGGUACGGGCGCAUCUUUCGGCAUCUAUGCAGUUGCGUUGUCAUUCGGUCCGACAACCAUCAUUGAUAGUAUUCGCACCACGCUCUGGUACCAGUCCGUUUUUGGCUCCGCGUAUUCCCUAAAGGUCACAAUGAACAACGCUAUGAGUAUCAUUCUCCGUAUUAUCACGGGAGCUCUCCAAGAUGCGGAUGACAACUCCUACCGCCGCGUGGUACAGGUAUACCUCUUCAUGGCAGCAGCGUCCAGUGUCGUCGGGGCCGCACUGCUGAUCGCAUCCUUCACGAGUCGAAACUUGGCGCCCCUGCAAUGGUCCCGAAAGAAACGACUUACGUCGGGGGCUGAAAUUAUCCAAGCCAACCGGGAGUGCAGCCUCGUAACGCAUGCACAAAGAACUCGACGGAUUUCUAUGGGAUGCUUUGGAGCCCUUCUACUACUUACUAUUGGUGGAUGGGUGGCGUAUAUUUGGGGAGCCGUCACCGGCCACAAUUCUUAA